UCUCAUACAUUUUGUUCCUCCAUCUAUCACUUUUCAGUACGACACUACCUUCUACACACGGAUUCAAUGGUGGCAGGAGAGAUGGUUGAAUCGGAUAUAUGUCCAGCCGAGGAUGCUGUUCAGGCCUUCUUAGAGUACUUGGUUGAGCCAAUGCUUCCGGCUAAAUCUUUUCUGCAGGGCACUCCAUCGCAGUCUCUACAGCAAUCAGUCGCAAAACAGCUGCAUGCCAUUGUGUUACUGUACAACUACUACCUAAGGAAACGACAUCCGCAGUUGGAAGUCUUGGGGUUUGAGGCCUUUUGCAAAUUGGUUGUGAUUCUGAAACCGGCAUUAUUGGCGCAUAUGAAACUCAUGCAAAGAUCUGACGAUACCGAAUUGGAUGACUUGGAGAAACAGCUUUCAGUUACAGAGAGAACAAUCAUGGAAGCAUGUGAUAUUUCCACAAAAUUAGACGCAUCAAAAGAUGUUCCAAACAUAGAGGGAUGGCCAAUGUCCAAAGUUUCAGUUCUCUUAUUUGACUACAAGAAGGAGAACUGCUUCUUGCUAUUCAGUUCCACCACCCAGGGAGUUUGGUCUGUGAUUGAAAAAGAUGUUGACAUCUCUAACCUCAAUUCAGAAGGUCAAGUAGAGGCAAAACAGAUGAACAGGAAGAGAAGAGUCAUUAGAAAACCUUCUAAAGAAGACCCAAAUGUCAAUGAAUCUGCUUUGCUCCAGCUUGCAUAUUUAGCUGUUAAGGAGGCAACGGGUAUUAAUCAGACUGAUCUAGUGGUUUCGGAAAGCCAUGUUGUAUGUUCUCUCAGCAAAGAAAAGACAGCUGUUCGCUUUUAUAUAAUAUACUGCACCCAAUCAGUCAAUGAGGAGGGUUUUCAAGUUCCUGUUAAAGAUGCUCUAGAAAGCUUGCAGGGUCCUUUGGUCAGAAAAAGCUCCAGCAGAUGGAUGGUUACACCACUUGUUGAUUACUUCCACAUGCUUCCUUACGCUGGCAUAGUGUCAACCUGGCUUUCGAGGGAAGUGGCUUCAGGUUUGCAGGAUGCAAGGGUGGGAGGGGGAAAUUCAAACUUGAAUGGCCCUGACAGGACUGAGAACGAUUUAAGGGUGGUAGAAGGAAAUUCAAAUUUAAAUAGCCCUGACAGGACAGAAAAACUCUGCAUUCCAGAAAUCCAUAAAAGUGGAAACAGUCCUCAUAUAGAUGAUGGACUAGUAGGGAUUUUUUGCAACGAGACAAAGAGCAAUGAUACUGAAUCACUUGAGGAGAAGAAUAAGAAUGUUUGUUCAUUGACUGGCUUGUCUGGUUCUCUCAAUAGGCCUCACAACAUGGAUGUUAACGAGUCUUUUAUGGUUUCCUCCCAGAAUGGAGAGAAAUGCAACAAGAUUGCAGAUACUAUCCAAGUUGACAAUCAUCAAGAAAAGACGAGUAACUUUAGGGAAAGUGAUUUAAAGGGCUCAACAAGUAUCAUCGAAGUUAAGGAUGAGAUGGAGGACUCAAUGGUGGGGCCUGGCAUUACUGAAUGCGGUGAUAAACAAAAUGCUGAUGGAAAUAGAACCUACGACAAUAUGUUGACAGCUCAAGAUGUGAUAGGUGAUCAUGAUCUGGUCACUUGUCAAUCCAAUUCUAUAAAUCUUUACAAAUUGCAGAAUACCAUAGCAUCAAAACAAAGCGACUUGUCAGCCUCUGCUUUGAGAGUUCUUCUUAGAAAAAGGGAUGAACUGUCUUUGCAGCUACACAAGAUAGAAGAUGAAAUUGCUCAGUGUGAUAAAAAAAUCCAGAAGAUUUUAAAUGGAACUGGAUAGAGUGUGCUAUCAGAACAAUUGGAUACCGCCGACUUAUCAUGUAUUGACAUCAGAUGGUAAGACCAUCUAAUUUCAAUCUGCAUUAUAAAUAACAGGAAUCUGACAUUAUGUAUUACACUUGGUCUGUAAGUUUUUAAUCGCUUUAUUCUAAAUGUAUGAAGGUUUACCGAUCAGACUCUACCAUUAGAUGUUUUACAGGAUUGAUGUCUACUGCAUGUUGUAUUCAUAUUCAAAUUUGCUGCCCCAUUAUCCUGUAUGUGAAAAUCCAAGAGGCUAAAGCUUGAGAAAUAAUUGCUGGUUUCCUUACUAGGUUAUGGUUACAGAAACUCUUGACGAUAUCUCUACUAUGUUACAAGUAUCAAUCUUAAAAGAACUCGAGAGUGAAAUCGUUGAAGUUGUGGAUAUUUUCUAGAAAGAUCCAUUAUUUUGAGAAAAUUAC